UUGGGAACAAGAGAAGAAAUAAUAAUGGGGAAGGUGUCGCCGAAAGAGAAAGGUUGGAAGGUUAAGGUUCGGAGCUCCGGGAAGAACAAGUACCUCAGGCCCGGAGCCCUGGCUCAGCUUCGGUGCUCCAAGCCUUCUUCAGGUUCGAGUGGUGGUGGAGCUAGUAAGUGUUGCUGCACCGAUCUCGGAAAAAAGAGAGUGGCGUUUUUUCACACCAGAAAGAGUGGUUGUGGUUGUGGUGGCGGUGGUGGUGGUGGUUCUGCGCAUGGGUAUUAUGGGGAGAAGAAUACUAGGGUUUUCUAUAAGAGUCCUUUGAUGUUGUCGCCGGUGAAUUUGGUGAAACACAACGGUGGUUUCUUUGGGACCCCCAAAACCCCUCGCCUCGACGAUUCGCUAUCGGAAUCGUCGAAGCUUGAGUCUCUCCCCAUGGAUUUGUUGGUUAAAAUACUAUGCCACCUGCACCAUGACCAACUGAGGGCUGUCUUCCAUGUUUCUCAAAGAAUUAGAAAAGCUGUUAUAAUGGCAAGACAGUUUCACUUCAAUAAUACUACUCCAGAUCGCUCUCGGCAAGAGAUGUUAAGUACAACGACUCCUUGCCCUACUGAGCAUUGGCCUUUUUUGUGCAAGGGUGAUGGGAAGGGAAUUAGGAUUCCUAGCCCACACACACCUAAAGCACCUAGACAUGGGCUUCGACCUUCUUCUCGCCUAAAAAUUUCUGAGAUGCAGCAGGUUACAGCUGUUCUUUUCCCAGAGUCAACAUUCCCUUCUCACUGCUUGGUGCCAUCAGUUAUACCAAAGCCCCUAUGCAAAUCUUUGGCUUCGAAUAGAGUUCUCUUCUAUGAAGAUGAACUAUGCCAGGCAGUUGCUCAGAAUAAACUUCGCUGAAGCAAUUGUCUUCGAAAUUCCUUUUUCUUUGCUGCCUCAUAGUCAUGUUUCUCUGCUGUGUAUAUUCUCUUUCGGUCUCUCUAGCAAAUGUUAGGAUAGUAAAAAGGCAAUUUUGUAGUCUGUCUUGGGGCAGUUUAGCUGAUAUUUCAUAUGUCUAAAUAGAUGUGGAGGGUUGGCUAUGGUUGUGGUAAUAAUAUUUAUUAUAUAAUCAUUACUUGUAUAUGUUUUGUAUGCCUGGAAUAAUUGCGAGUUUCCUUUAUAAACAAUUGAAGGAUCUUCCGUAUUAGAAUCAAAGGCUGUGCUCUUUUACCUA